AUGCCUGGUAGCUUGAAGAAUGCAGAUCUUCAGCAGAUCUUUCGUUGCAGUCCAGCGGAGCUGAAAGAACUGCAGUCCGCAUUCAAAGCGCAGACCAAAAAACUCGAAAUCAAUCAGCGGCCCUACUACGAACAGCGAGCAAGCGAGGUAGAUCCAAAUGGCGUCUUGCAAGAGGAUUGUUGGCGAAGCGUGGCGGACAGUCGAACAGUCUUUGGUGCAAUGCUCUCAGCUGCUCGCUGGGGUAGAAAACCACCUUCCGAUCUCGACGAGAGGCUUCGUAGAGCGAAGAAUCGGAUUGCGUCAAGGUUGAACGCGAACGCAACUCGGCCAACGAGAAAGCGCACACGAGCUGCAUCUGAGGACUCGGAAGCGGAGUUUGAUCAGGCUGGCCGUGCUCGUCGACGAAGACGUUCGGCACCAAAGGGCGUGGUUGUGAUCUCGUCAUCCAGCGAGGCUUCACCGCCUGUGAAGGGACAGGCACGCAAGAAGCAACGCCUCCGAAGACGUCUCCCACACAAAUCAACUGUGCAGCCAGGCUCCUCCAGUGCGCACUCGCCGACUGAAGAGCUCGUCAAGUUCGCCGGCAGCCCCGAGCAGUCCAUCGCCAGAUCGACCACGUCCAACCUGGCACCAUUUGGCGCGCGCGGCUCAUUCGGCGAGCGGAGAAUUGUCAUGCCCAUACCCGCUUCACCAGCUAGCUGUUCGGGAGACCUGUCCGCCACCAGAGCCGUCCCCCCUCUCCGGCGCCGAUACGUAAAAGAAGUGGUCGCUGCAGGUUUGGGACCUCUGACGGCAAGGGUUGCCAAGUUGGAGGAGGAUUCAGCACGCGCUGGUGGAAUGCGUCAAGAUGAAGACAGCAUCAAAGUGACUUCGUGGCCUGAGUUGAGAAUCAAGCUGGCUGACUUGGAGCGCGAGAACGCUGAGAAGGAUCUGGAAAUCAUGAGUUUGCGGGUGGAGCUUGAGGUCAAGAAUGCUGGAUCGAAGCGUUGA